CGAGGGUACCACAGGACACUGCUUUAUGUAGGCUACUGCUGCUGGACCUCAACAACUAGCAACAGAGGCGGACAGACCCAAACUGCCACGGAUAUCUGCUCGACCUACCUCACCGUCGCCGCAAAUUUUAACCUUUGGAUAUUCUGCUACUUGGACAUUUAGCUAAAGCGGCAAGUUACGAGUCAAAUAUGACAGCGCGUAGCCUAUGUAGCAUAAAUGUAUGUGUCAGGGCUGUUUUUUCUGUCGUCAACGUUUGGAUAUUGUGAGCCGGAGCGAGCGGACGGAGCAGCGACUGGAUCUUUUUUUUUUUUACUUUUCGGCGAUUCAUGUACAGCACCCAACUGUUUAAACAGUUGUGGUUGUGAGCAGUCUGUCCACUAAGAGACUGUUCGCCUGGCUGGCCACUAGCUUCCGAUAUCGAUAAGUAGCUGAUGGUCAGCCGCUGUGGUUUAGCUACAUAAUACAAUUUCAGCUGCGAACACAGCGAAUAGACUGCUAGCGGUAGCGAAGACCGUUGACACAGGCUGGAGACGUUGAGGUCAUUAUAAACUCUUGAAUAUAACAGGCUACACACACACACACACACGCACGCACACACACACACACACACACACAUCACAUGUGUGUUGGUACAGUAGCCUAUUGACACAUUACAGCUUUCCUUCUUUUAAGUCUUCGGUGCUACAAAGUAACGAGGGCUGUGACUCCACCAGCAAGGUAACUUAAGUAGGUAAGCACUUGUAGCAUUUGGACUUGUAACAAAGACAACAGCGUUCAAAUCGUCGUCUAAACGUGUUCGGGUCGUGCAAAAACGACAUAACGGAGAGUAAAGUUUGACAGUAAACUGCGUGUAGGCUACUCCUCCAAGGGCUGAAAGGUCACCGGGACCGGUCAUCUCUUUUUCUCUUCUCCCCCUCCUCCUAUCAGUCUGUUAUGAAGAUGUGAACUCCUCCCUCUCUCCCUUCCUCUUUCUCUCUUCGCCGUCCAGGACGCUUUGAUCAUUUUUUUUCUCCGUUUGGUACAAAGAGAUCAAAGGCGACUCCCGCCUCUCGGGGAUGUACGAAAGCGUGGAUGUUGUGGGUUUUAGCCCCAGCCCCAGCAGCCCCAGUCCGGGCUCUUUUCUGAGCAUGGACUACUACCACAGACCCCCGGGGCUCGGGCCGGAGAAGGGACUCCUGUCCGGUGUCGGAGGACUCCAGCGUCCGUUCGGAGGCUCCCUGGUAACCGGCAGACACUGGAGCGGAUCCAGCCACUCUAUAGAGACUGAGAGCACGAGUUCAGGGGAGGACCUGCUUGUCCCCAGCCCCCCAUCACCUCCGCCUCCACCGCGCAUCUACAAGCCCUGCUUUGUAUGUCAGGACAAAUCUUCAGGAUACCACUAUGGAGUCAGUGCCUGUGAGGGCUGCAAGGGCUUCUUUCGGAGGAGCAUCCAGAAGAACAUGGUGUACACGUGUCACAGAGACAAAGUCUGUGUCAUAAACAAGGUGACGAGGAACCGGUGUCAGUCCUGUCGACUGCAGAAAUGCCUCGAGGUUGGCAUGUCCAAGGAGUUGGUGCGAAAUGACAGAAUGAAGAAGAAGAAGGAGGAGAAGAGGCAGGGAGAGACAGAGAUCUACGUCCUGUCAGCCGACACAGAGCAGAUGAUUGAACGAGUCCGCCGGGCCCAUAUGGACACAUUUCCCUCCCUCUGUCAGCUGGGGAAAUACACCACGAGCAAUAGCUCGGAGCACCGUGUACCUCUGGAUGUCAGUCUUUGGGACAAGUUCAGCGAAUUGUCCACCAAAUGCAUCAUUAAGACAGUGGAGUUCGCCAAGCAUCUCCCUGGUUUCACAACGUUAACCAUUGCUGACCAGAUCACCCUGCUCAAAUCCGCCUGCCUCGACAUACUGAUUCUAAGGAUCUGCACCCGCUACACCCCAGACCAGGACACCAUGACCUUCUCCGACGGUUUGACUCUGAACCGCACCCAGAUGCACAACGCCGGGUUCGGACCCCUCACGGACCUGGUGUUCUCCUUUGCCAACCAGCUGCUUCCGCUGGAGAUGGACGACGCAGAGACGGGAUUACUCAGCGCCAUCUGCCUCCUCUGUGGAGAUCGUCAGGAUCUGGAGGAGUCAGAGAAGGUGGAUGUUCUUCAGGAGCCGAUGCUUGAAGCCUUGAAGAUCUAUGUGAGGAGGAGGAGGCCUGAUAAACCCUGUAUGUUCCCCAAGAUACUGAUGAAGAUUACUGACCUCAGGAGCAUCAGUGUGAAGGGAGCGGAGCGAGUGAUCACACUGAAAAUGGAGAUACCUGGCUCCAUGCCUCCCCUCAUCCAGGAAAUGCUGGAGAACUCUGAGGGACUGGAGGGGCACGGAGCCGGGGGAGGGAAAGGGGGAGGCGGAGGAGGAAAAGGUAGAGGAGGGGGCAGAGAAGAGGACGAAACCGAGGUCGGAAGCCGUCGUCCAAGCCCGUCUCCCAAAUCAGUUCGCUCUCGCAGCCCAAGCCCCGUGCCCUGCUCGCCCUCUUCUUCUUCUUCUUCUUCUUCUUCUUCUUCUUCUUCUUCUUCUUCCUCGUCUUGCUCCCCCACCACCUGAAGUCCUACACCCAGCACCUAUGCUCCACACAGCACCCCC